CUGUGGCUGCAAGUGUAUCUCCAGUUGUAACUACUACUGGAACUGUAACAACUGCAUCACCAACUGUUGCUAGUGUAAGUUCACCAGUGGUUUCUUCACCCAUUUCUGAAGGUAGUCAGAAUGUUGCAAACAUUCAGCUGCCCACAAUGGCUGGUCCUCCUGGCACUAAUAGUGGAACACCAACUACACAAAACGAAAAUAUUGGUACUCCUUCAGAUCAAGGUGAAGGAGAUGAAAGAGCUGAAGUAGAUGAUGAAGAAACAGAUCCAUCUAAGCCUAUUGUUUUCAAAGAUAAAAAAGAAGCCAUAGAAGCAUUUAAAGAUCUAUUAAAAGAAAAGAAUGUUCCAAGUAAUGCAACAUGGGAACAAGCAUUAAAACUUAUAGUUAAUGAUCCUCGUUAUGGAACUCUGAAAAAGCUUAAUGAAAAAAAACAAGCCUUUAAUGCAUAUAAGACACAGAAAGGGAAAGAAGAAAAGGAAGAACAGCGUCUAAAAGCAAAAAAGGCAAAAGAAGAAUUAGAGGUGUUCCUUCAAAACAGUGAUAAAAUGCAUUCUUCCAUUCGUUACAGGAAGGCUCAGGAAAUCUUUGGAGAUCUUGAGAUUUGGAAAGCUGUACCAGAUCGUGAAAGAAAAGAAUUAUAUGAUGAUGUUGUAUUUUUUGUUGCAAAAAGGGAAAAGGAAGAAGCAAAAGCUCUAAGAAAAAGGAACAUGAAAGUUUUAAGCAGUGUUUUAGAUUCCAUGACUUCUGUCACAUACAGGACAACUUGGCAAGAAGCACAGCAGUUAUUGCUUGACAAUCCUCAGUUUUCAGAGGAUGCAGAAUUAUUAAAUAUGGAUAAAGAUGAUGCAUUAAUUGUCUUUGAAGAACAUAUACGGCAAUUAGAACAGGAAGAGGAAGAAGAAAAGGAAAGAGAAAAGAAAAGAAUACAAAGGCAACAGCGAAAAAACCGUGAGGCUUUUGUGCGCCUUCUAAAUCAGCUUCAUGAAGCGGGUAAGCUUACUUCAAUGUCACUGUGGGUUGAACUUUAUCCUACAAUAAGUGCUGAUAUUAGGUUUAGCAAUAUGCUCACCCAACCAGGAUCUACACCUUUAGACCUUUUUAAAUUUUAUGUUGAAGAACUGAAAGCACGUUUUCAUGAUGAGAAAAAAAUUAUAAAAGAGCUGUUGAAGGAGAAAGGCUUUACUGUUGAAGUUAAUACAUCAUUUGAGGAAUUUGCUACUAUUGUAAGUGAGGAUAAAAGAUCAGCAACUUUAGAUGCAGGGAAUGUUAAACUGACAUAUAAUAGUUUGCUGGAAAAAGCAGAAGCUCGGGAAAAAGAAAGAUUAAAAGAAGAAGCACGAAAGCAAAAGCGACUUGAAAAUGCAUUUCGAAGUAUGCUUAAAAAUGCUGUUCCAAGUGUUGAUUCAACUGUGGAAUGGAGUCAGGUUCGAAAACAAUUUGAAAAUGAAGCACCUUUUGAAAAUAUUACGGUUGAAUCUGAAAGGGUACGAUUAUUCAAAGAAUAUCAGCAGACACUGGAAGAAGCAUGUAGCCAUCAUCAUAGUAAAUCUAAGAAGCAUUCCAAAAAGUCUAAGAAACAAAAACGUCGCUCUAGGUCACAUUCAAGAUCUAGAUCAGAUUCUGAGGAGGAUUAUAGGCACAAAAGUAACAGAAAAAAGAAGCACAAGUCUCAUUCUAGAUCUAGGUCAAGGUCUAAAAGUCGAUCAUCUAUAGAUUCACGUGUUCGAUCUGAUGACGAUGAACAUGCUAGGCGUCAUAGGAAAAAGUCCAGGAGAAAGGAUAAAAGAAGAACUCCAACACCUUCUUCAUCAGAAGCUUAUAGCGAUGUUGAUCGUCGAGACCGUGACCGUAAAAAAAAGAAAAAAGAUAACAGACAUCGAAAUAGAAGUCCCAGCCAUAGCAGUAGUAUUUCUAGAGAAGAAGGAGAAGUCGAUCAAGCAAGUGACAAGAAAUUCUCAGAGAGUGAUGCAAGUGAGGAAGAAUUAGAACAUCGCAGACGUCUUUUACUUCAGCAGUUAGCAGCUCAUCAGUGAACAGAAACCAAGUCGAUCAAUUUGAACUUCCUAAUCUUUACAAUUAAUGUAGAUAACUGAUUUUCAAUUUCUUAAUGGUGUAUAAUCAAUAUAGGAAAUAUAUUGACUCUAGAAGUUUUGUUUAAUAAUUUUUUUAAAUCUGGAAAUCUAUAAAAUUCAUGAUUUUUUCAAUGAGAAUCUAUUACCUGAACUGUAUUUUAUACAUGCUUUGUUGUCAAUAAAGAUAUAAAUAUGGAA